AUGGUAAAAGAGUUGAAGAAAAAAUGUAGGUUGAAUAUGCUAGGUCUAAUUGAAACUAAGAGGGAGGUGGUGACCAAGUUUGAUGUAGCACGCUUGUGGGGGAGUGAUACGGUGGGUUGGGACUAUGUGGAAUCAGUUGGUGCCUCUGGCGGCUUGUUGUUAAUAUGGGACACUUUUUUAUUUAAGCGGUUGAACUGCUACAAAGGGGAUGGCUGGCUGUGUGUUGAAGGUGUGCUGACAAAAAAUAAUUUUAAUUGUGCUUUCUGCUUGGUAUAUGGUGCACAUGUUCGGAGUGAGAAACUGGUGAUGUGGGAGGAGUUAAGCUACAUUGUGGGUCUAUGUCAGGUUCUGUUUUGCUUCAUGGGAGACUUUAACGAGAUACUACGGUUGGAAGAAAGAAAAAGCGUUGUUAGUUUACCUGCAUCUGCGGAGGAUUUCAAGGAAUGGGUACAGGACUUACAGUUAGUAGAUUUACCGCUGCCUGAUCGGAAGUUCACAUGGUUCCGAGGUCAAUAUUGUAGCCGCAUUGAUAGGGUCCUUGUUAGUGUGGAGUGGCUUGAGGACUUCCCAGAUACUUGUUUGAAAGGAGGGCCGAGAGGCCUCUCAGAUCAUUGCCCAUUGAUUUUAGAAGAUUCUAGACUUUGUGCGGGACCGAGACCUUUUCGCAGCUUGGAUUCUUGGUUUACGCAUGAAGGGUUCUUGUAG